AUGAGAUCCAAUCUACAGAAUAAACUAUGUAUCGUUAUCAUUCAUUUACUACUUCAUGAAUGUCUUUUAGUAAGUCAAGCAUAUUUUAUGGAAGGUGUAAGUUUUGAAGUGCGAACAAUCACAUCUGAUUCGUUUGAAAGUGAAGUGAUUGAAAGUGACGAUGCGUGGAUAUUGGCGAUCAAAGGAACAAAGGUUUCAGAGGAAAAAUGGCAAACAGAAGAAAAUCUUUUACGCGGUGUCGUUAACGUAGCGUUUGUUGAUUUAGACGAAGACGAAGCGUUCUGGUUGAAAAAGAAUAUGAUCCUGGAUAGAGACGCAGCAAUUACUCCGCUUGCUAUUGUUUUUCCUUACGGCGGAGAGAAAAUAAAGAAAAAGAAGUACAAACAUGUAAAUAGCGUGAACGAAGCAAAGCACAUUGCUUUAUCAUCAUUAUCCGAAUAUAAAAUCACUUGGUUAAGAAGUAAAAUGGGAGUGGAACAAUUUAUCAGAGCUGCAUACACUUCAUGGCCGCCCCGUUUUCCUCUCGUCUUGACUACAGAGAAAAAGAUAACGCCGCCAUUAUACAGAGCACUUUCACUCAAGUAUUCCAGGUAUUUCAAUUUUGGCAUCGUGCACAGCUCUCUGGCGCAAAUUGCAAUGGGGUUACCAAAAAAAGUAAAGGUACCGCGCAUGGAUAUUCUCAUCUCCAAAUUAGCACCAAAUAACACUAAGAUGGAUAUGGCUGCAUUGACGUACGAAGUCGAAAAAUAUGGCCCGGUGCAGUAUCGUUAUCUCAUACGAUUUUUAUUCUCUGCGCACGAGAAACACUGGCCCGAUCUGCCCGGAUCUAAAAAGUUUACCGAAGAAUUAGGAUUUGAGGAACACUACAAAGAAGAUAUUAGCAAGAUUUUUGCAAACCCUGUUGAUAAGUCAAAAUCAAAGAAUUGGGGAAGAAUGUAUACUCCUAAGAUACAAGAAAUAAAUUAUGAUAAUCAUAAGACAAUAUGUGAUGACUCCACACCUGGAUAUUGUGUUGUUGCGUUCCUUGAUGGGGCGCCAAAACUGCAUAAGAAACACUCGACUGUGUUCGCAGGAGUUCGUGAUGCAAAAAACCUUCAAGAAAAGGUUUUGAAUUUUUUGUGGAUAAACGCAACAUGCUAUCCUGAAUAUGGUUCAACAUUUGGUGUGGAUACAGACUCCUUACCAGCUCUCCUUAUAGCCAAACCCCAUCGACGAUAUUUUGUUAAGCAUUCUGGAAAAUUUAACAAGGAUUCCAUCGUCGAGUUCAUCGAGAAAUCUCUAUCAGGAAGAUUGAACUAUAGUCCUUACUCAAGAUUUGAUGACCUUGAACGAAGAAUAUGUUCCGACCAAGGAAUGGGAAAUGAAACAACGGAAGAUCCAGAUUUAAAACAAGAUGAAGGAAAAGAUACAGAGAAGAAAGAGAAGGAAAAACAGACGAUUGGAAAAAAAGGACGUAAAAUUGACGAAGAUUUGUAACCACAAUCAUUCAGAGAAUCAGUGUAUUGUCAACACUCGCUAUAACCCUCCGUUUCUUUCAACUCUGAUUCUGCGAUGGCUAAAAAUUUGUCAAACAACGAAUUCAAUAAAUAGAGGCUUUUACUAUAAUUCAUCUUUGAUUAUAAAAAUUCAACAAUGUAAGAAUUAACCGUAUAAAUACA